AUAAGAGAGUUUUGGAAAGAGGCCAUUAGGUUAACACUGUUAUAUUCUAGCAGAACUUACAGAGAGCAAUUAUGUUAUAGAACUAUCUUACCUUUAGAACGCAGAAUUCCAAUCUUUAACAUUUCUUGUGAUAUAUUAUAACACAAUCAUAAGAACAGCGAAAACAUUCGAUGUUCUUUUAUUCUUUGAUUUGUUUUGUGCAUUCAUAGGAACUUUCGUGCAGCAUCAUUUAUCGGAGCAUCAGAGGGCUAUUUAGCAUUAGUGGAAUGGCAUCGGUUUUCUUUUCAUAACGAGAAGAAUGUUUCAGUACUAUAAGAACUGAAAGUUGUUAUUUUUGUGUCAAAAAGAAUGCAAUAGAGACCUGUAUCUUCGAUCUACACAAAAUGUUUCGUAUUUACUAUUUAGGACAAACAGAUUUUGUUUCCACAGAUGUGUUAAAAGGUCUAUGAGCGUGGCUCAAAGAUACUACUUGUUCGGUUCACCCAUUUCCGUUUACGCCGCAUGGGUAGUGUGUGUGGCGGAUGAGAAGUUGGAGAGAAAAAUAAGUGUACUUGGUGACAAUAAUUAUAUAGAUAAUGGCGAUUCGACCAGUGUAUAGACCAACUAUUGUCAAGAAGAGGACGAAACACUUCAUUCGUCAUCAGAGCGAUCGCUACAAGAAGCUUAAGAGGUCAUGGCGUAAACCAAAGGGAAUUGACAACAGAGUGCGCCGUAGGUUUAAGGGCCAGUACCUUAUGCCAUCCAUUGGUUAUGGUAGCAGUCGUAAGACAAAGCAUAUGCUACCAACAGGAUUCCGCAAGGUUUUGGUACAUAAUGUCAGGGAACUGGAAGUCUUGAUGAUGCAGAACCGCAAAUUUUGUGCUGAAAUUGCACAUGCGGUUUCUUCAAAGAAACGUAAAGCUAUUGUGGAGCGGGCACAGCAGCUAUCCAUCAGAGUGACCAAUGCUAAUGCCCGCUUACGCAGUGAAGAAAAUGAAUAAUGUGACUUAUCAUUGUAAUAAAAUAAAAUUCUCAAAUAUUUUAUAA